AUGGCAAGAAUAUCGACCCCUAACAGCAGCCGGAGAAGAAGAAAUGAUGAAGGUAUAUACAGAAAUUUACCAGGAGAUCCAAUACCUACAACAAGAAAGAAGCAUAGAUAUAGACCAGGUACAAAAGCUUUAAGAGAGAUCAGAAGGUUUCAGAAAUCUACAGACUUGUUAAUUGCCAAAUUACCCUUUGCAAGAGUCGUGAGAGAAGUUGCUAUGCAAUAUGUGGGGACUGAAUUAGCUAUUAGAUGGCAAUCUGUUGCAAUAUUAGCAUUACAAGAAGCUGCUGAAGCAUUUUUGGUUAGUUUGUUUGAAGAUACAAAUUUGUUGGCAUUGCAUGCUAAAAGGGUCACAAUCAUGCAGAAGGAUAUUCAAUUGGCGAGAAGAAUUAGAGGAACUUAUUGA